AUGAGUGAAAGCAAGCAAUUUUCUCUCAAUGAGGUUCAGAAACAUAACAAAAAGUCGGAUCUGUGGCUCAUAAUUCAUCAUAACGUUUACGAUGUAACAAAAUACCUUGAAGAUCACCCUGGUGGGGCAGAUUCAUUGCUCGAAGUUGGAGGGAAGAACUCUACAGUUGCUUUUGAAGAUGUUGGACAUUCAGCAGAUGCACGAGAAACCAUGGAAUCAUUUCUGAUAGGAAGAUUGGAAGGGGCACCUGAUGAGGAAGAUGAAGACAGAGGAUUGCCGAUGCCAAAACCGGAUUUGAAAGCCAAAUCAGAAGAUCAAGACUUUAACAGUGAAGCUCCGCUCAUGACUGCUGGUAGGGCUGGACUGAAGGUUUUCUCAAUUGGAUCUGCGAUUUUUCUAGGUUAUGAAAUUUAUUCGAGAUCACCAAAGAUCGGGUGGCUUCAUGCACAACAUGGAGGGUUCUGGAAAGGUGUGCUUAUUUCGAGUAUUGCUACCCUAUCUAUUGCGGCAGGAGCGGGACUUUAUCUCGAGAAAGCACUAUCGGGAUCUUUCAAAAAUCCUUAUUCAUACCCAUCACAUUACAAACCAUCUGUCCAGAUUGCCAAGCCAAUCACAAAGGUCAAAGGAUAUCUACAACCGGAUAAUUAUCAAAAGUUAUCUUUGGUCAAAAAGGAGAAAUUAUCUUCAAACACCCACCGUUUGAUAUUCAAACUUCCGAAAGAUGAUAUGAUAAUCGGCCUUCCUAUUGGACAGCAUAUUAGCAUUCGAACGGAAAUCGACGGGAAGCCCGUCAGUAGAUCAUACACACCCGUUUCUAAUAACUCCGAUCCUGGGGAACUUCGAUUGGUGAUAAAGAUGUAUCCGGAUGGGCUUCUUACUGGAAGAUAUCUCCAGCAUCUCAAAGUUGGAGACGAAAUUGAAGUACGUGGACCAAAGGGUGCGAUGAGAUAUCGAAAGGGAAUGGUGAAAAAUAUGGGAAUGAUUGCAGGAGGAACAGGAAUCACACCGAUGUAUCAGUUGAUUCGAGCAAUAUGUGAAGACCCAACGGACGAAACAUCUGUUACUCUUCUUUAUGGUAACAAUAGUGAAGAGGAUAUUUUGCUCCGCGAACAGUUGGAUGAUUUCGCAAAGGAAUACCGUGAGAAUUUCAAAGUACAUUAUGUGUUAUCCAAGCCGUCUAAGGAAUGGAAGUUGGCCAAAGGAUAUGUGACCAAGAAGAUGGUCAAGGAAUUUUUCCCUGAACCAAGUGAUGAUAGUAAGGUGUUACUGUGUGGACCACCGGGUUUGGUUGACUCGAUGAAAACCAGCUUGGUAGAACUGGGCUGGCAAAAACCAAGAGCUGUCAGUAAAUUGCCUGACCAGGUCUUCUCAUUUUAG